UCCAUCCGUAUAUAUCUCGACACGCCCCCUCUCUCCCCGGUACCUAUCCCGGGCUCCCACUCCACGCCCGCAACUCCUCCUUCUUCCCCCUUUCCCUUUCACCCGGUUGCCAGAAUCAGCGACACACGAGUACGCCACGCACGCACACGCAGCUGUGGUCUAGCGCUUUUUUGAGAGGGGGCGAGUGAUGAUGACCGGCGGCGGCGGCGGUGGGGAGGCGGCGGGGGUGGCGCCGUUCGUGGCCAAGACGUACGGGAUGGUGGAGGACCCGGCGACCAACGGGGUGAUCGCGUGGGGGAGCGGCAGCAACAGCUUCGUGGUGAUCGACCCCUUCGUCUUCUCCCAGACGCUGCUCCCCACCCACUUCAAGCACUCCAACUUCUCCAGCUUCGUCCGCCAGCUCAACACCUAUGGUUUCAGGAAGGUCGAUCCUGACAAAUGGGAGUUCGCCCACGUGUCGUUCCUGCGGGGGCAGACGCACCUCCUCCGCCAGAUCGUCCGCCGCAGCAGCAGCAGCGGCAAGCGCAAGGACGACGGUGGCUGCGCCGGCGCCAGCGGCGCGGACGACCACGACGACGACAGCACGACGAUGGUGGCCAUGGAGGUGAUGCGGCUGAAGCAGGAGCAGAAGGCCAUCGAGGACCGCGUGGCCGCCAUGUGGCGCCGCGUCCAGGAGACGGAGCGCCGGCCCAAGCAGAUGCUCGCCUUCCUCCUCAAGGUCGUCGGCGACCCCCAGGUGCUGCGCCGCCUCGUCGCCAACACCAGCAGCAGCAACAGCAACAGCUCCAGCGGCGGCAGCGACCGCAGCGAGGUCGCCUUCCACGGCGGCGGCGGCCCGGCCGAGGGCGCCGAGGUCAAGAGGCCGCGGCUGCUUCUCGAAAGGGACCACCAGCACGGCGGUAAGAUGUCGUCAUCGCCUGCAGCCGACGGCGUCGGCAUCGGCAUCGGAUCGGGGGUCGGCGUGAGGCGCGACGGGUUCUACGGCGUCAGCGAGGAGACCUUCGCGCCGGAGCACAGCGUCGACUUCACCGGGUUCUACACCGGCGGCGACGGGUUCGGCGACGGGCAGGUGGACGCUGGCGGCGGCGGCGGCGACCUGCCGUACGCGUUCCCCGUGGACAGCGGCUACUAACUGCUCAUCGCUGACUGCCUCUUCUUGUUGUUUGGAUCGUGUGCUUUUCGCCGGCCGAUUUGUGUACGUAUUUUGCGGCGAAUUGCGAACCGAACUGCUGCUGCUCUCUGUGUAAAGAAAGGAAUUCAGCUAGGUAGCUCCCCUAGUAGGCUUGUAGCUGGUACAGUAGUACUCCACUGAACUGCUAUACUAGUCAGGUUUCUCCUUUCGGUGUGCGCCCCUGACUUGUAUUUGGGGCAACCGAGUGUACAGGCGCGCGCUAAAUAAGAUGUGUGAGAUCGUUCCGUGUAGACAGCAAAAUUUAGUUGAUUUCCCUCCCUGUUUGUUCAAGAAAAAAAAAGUUGAUUCCCUCCA